UUCCCAAGAGGAGACUGCGGCUGAAACUUCAUCAUCACAGCUCAGGAACAGCACUUCACACAGCCGCAAGGCAAGCUCUUGCCUGUGACAGUGUGUUUGCCAUCAUGGCACCCAAAAAGAAGACUGUCAAAAAGAACAAAGGAGAUAUAAAUGAGAUGACUAUAAUUGUAGAAGACAGCCCCCUAAACAAACUAAAUGCUUUGAAUGGGCUCCUAGAGGGAGGCAAUGGCCUUAGCUGCAUUUCUUCUGAAUUAACAGAUGCUUCUUAUGGCCCCAACCUAUUGGAAGGUUUAAGUAAAAUGCGGCAGGAGAAUUUCCUUUGUGAUUUAGUCAUUGGCACCAAAACCAAAUCCUUUGACGUUCACAAGUCAGUGAUGGCUUCAUGCAGUGAGUACUUUUACAACAUCCUAAAAAAAGACCCAUCUACUCAAAGGGUAGAUCUCAAUAAUAUCUCACCACCUGGCCUGGCGACUGUCAUUGCAUAUGCCUACACCGGAAAGCUAACUCUCUCCUUGUAUACAAUAGGAAGCAUUAUUUCUGCUGCUGUUUAUCUUCAGAUCCAUACUCUUGUAAAGAUGUGCAGUGAUUUUUUGAUACGGGAGAUGAGUGUUGAGAACUGCAUGUAUGUUGCCAACAUUGCUGAAACAUACUCUCUGAAAAACGCAAAAGCAGCAACUCAUAAAUUUAUCCGAGAUAACUUCCUUGAAUUUGCAGAAUCAGAUCAGUUUAUGAAACUUACAUUUGAACAAAUUAAUGAACUUCUCAUAGAUGAUGACUUACAGUUGCCUUCUGAAAUAGUAGCAUUCCAGAUUGCAAUGAAGUGGUUAGAAUUUGACCAAAAGAGAGUGAAACAUGCUGCAGAUCUUUUGAGCAAUAUUCGCUUUGGUACCAUCUCUGCACAAGAUUUGGUCAAUUAUGUUCAGUCUGUACCAAGAAUGAUGAAGGAUGCCGAGUGUCACAAACUUCUUGUAGAUGCUAUGAACUACCACUUACUUCCAUAUCAUCAAAACACAUUACAGUCUAGGCGCACAAGAAUCCGCGGGGGCUGCCGAGUUCUAGUCACUGUAGGGGGACGCCCAGGCCUUACUGAGAAGUCCCUUAGUAGAGAUAUCUUGUAUAGAGACCCUGAAAAUGGAUGGAGCAAGCUUACGGAAAUGCCAGCCAAGAGUUUUAAUCAGUGUGUGGCUGUGAUGGAUGGAUUUCUUUAUGUGGCCGGUGGUGAAGACCAGAAUGAUGCAAGAAAUCAAGCUAAGCAUGCAGUCAGCAAUUUCUGCAGAUACGACCCCCGUUUCAACACCUGGAUACACCUGGCCAGCAUGAACCAGAAGCGCACGCACUUCAGCCUGAGCGUGUUCAACGGGCUCCUUUACGCCGUGGGCGGCCGCAACGCAGAAGGUAGUCUGGCCUCGCUGGAGUGCUACGUGCCCUCCACCAAUCAGUGGCAGCAGAAGACGCCCCUGGAGGUGGCGCGCUGCUGCCAUGCCAGCUCGGUCACCGAUGGCCGCGUGCUGGUGACCGGUGGCUACAUCGGCAACGCGUACUCGCGCUCUGUGUGUGCUUACGACCCGGCCAGCGACGCGUGGCAGGACCUGCCGAGCAUGAGUACGCCGCGAGGCUGGCACUGCGCCAUCACGCUGGGCGACAAGGUGUACGUGAUGGGGGGCAGCCAGGUGGGGCCGCGCGGGGAGCGCGUGGACGUGUUGACCGUAGAGUGCUACAGCCCGGCAUCGGGCCAAUGGAGCUACGCUGCACCGCUGCAGGUGGGCGUGAGCACGGCCGGCGCCUCGGCGCUGCACGGCCGCGCCUAUCUGGUGGGGGGCUGGAACGAGGGAGAGAAGAAGUACAAAAAGUGCAUCCAGUGCUUCAACCCGGAGCUCAACGAGUGGACGGAAGAGGACGAGCUGCCCGAGGCCACCGUGGGCGUGUCCUGCUGUACCCUCUCGAUGCCGAACAACGUGACCCGGGAAUCCCGGGCCAGCUCGGUGUCUUCUGUGCCAGUUAGUAUCUGAGUCCAGGUAGAUGCGGGGACACAGGAAGAAAAGUAUUUAUUCAUAUGGUCCCGUGGUCGACUUUUGAGUUAGCGAA